CACGACAUGUCGUUAGUGAGGGGCUAUGAAAGUCACGUGACCGACAAAAUGGCGGAAGCAAUGCGGGCACAUGUUGCAGAACUUUUGAAGGGGAUUGACAGGUACAAUCCUGAGAACCUGGCUACCUUGGAACGUUACAUAGCAGUUCAAGCAAUGGAAAAUGCAUACGAUUUAGAGGCCAACCUAGCAGUGCUGAAACUAUACCAGUUUAAUCCUAAUUAUUUCCAGACAACUGUCACUGCCCAGAUUCUCCUAAAAGCUCUGACCAAUCUACCCCACACAGAUCUCACUCUGUGUAAAUGUCUCAUAGAAGGUGUAAGACUAGAGGAAAAGCCUUUGACAAAGAUUAUUGAAUUAGCAGACCUGUUAGAAUCUUGUCAGUUCAAGCUGUUUUGGAGAGUUCUUCAGGAGGAUCCUGACAUUAUAGUUGGUAUUCAGGGCUUUGAAGAUUCCAUAAGAAAAUUUAUUUGCCAUGUUGUUGGAAUAACAUAUCAGACCAUUGAAAAAGAACACCUAGCAGAAUUACUGGGAGGGAUUCCAGAUGCACAGACAAAUCAAUGGAUCUCAAAAUAUGGGUGGAAAAUAGAGGAGAAUGGACAGACAGUUUUUGUUGCCAACCAGGAAGAAAACAUCAAAACAAAAAACAUAACCGAAAAAAUAACAUUUGAAAAUGUGGCCCAAAUCAUGGCACGAUAAAAGUAAGCUGUGUAUUUUGGCAAGGAUGUACUUCAACAGUGCCCAAGGGAUAAAAGAAUUUUAUAGCAAAGUGUUACUGGAAGGUGUGCACUUGAAGACUUCUUACUCUGGUUUGCAAACUGAGCUUCAUUCUAGAGUGAAUGUGAAGUAAAAACUCCAGUCUGUUGUGGUAUAGAUAUAUACAUCAUCUUUAUCCAGUUUUUUUAAGCUGUUGAAUGUCAUAACAUUUUCUGUGCUGGACGUUACAAGUGGGCACCCAACAAAUAUGGUAAUUUUAUGGUAUUCCAAAAAAAUUAUUAUGACAGUUAUAAUCUCAUAUUUAUCAUCUCAUCCAUUUAUUGUGAGAAAAUAAAACACAUAGAACCACAUUUGUUAGUGACUUAGCAAUUUUUUU